GUGGGCUUCUUCUUCGUGGAGAAGGACUUGCGCCUCAUCCUGGACGCACGGCCUGCCAACGAGCUCUUCGAGGCCCCGCCUGGCGUGGAGCUCCUCAGCGCGGAGGGGGCGCAGCGGCUCCUGCAGGGCUGCAACCUCCACCUGGGGCUCGCGGACGUCAAGGUCCCCGCCUUCGUCCUGGGCGUCGAGGGCCAGCUCAGGGAGGGCCGCCCGCUGGGGCGGCAUGACCUGGCGAGCCCCUGCCGGGGGGUCUGCCCGAUGGGCUCCACCUGGAGACCGCGGGCCGCGCGGCGCAUCAACGAGAGCCAGGUGAUGGAGAUGUGCCCCCGUCUGGCGCGGAGCCCUCUGACUGACCGAGGCAGGCCGCCCGUCUUUGGCCCGGCGGACCCUGUCGGCCAUGCUGCCCACUACGUCUGCGUGGACAACCCUGGCGUCGCCUCUACCUCGGAGCCAUUGGUCUCCGACGCCGUGCAUCAAGUCGUCCGCGGCUUCGACGAGCGGGGCUUGCUCCUUCGCGGCAGCUCCGCGAGCGUGGAGGCCAAGGCCCUAGGCGCCGAGGUUUCGGGGCCGCGCUGGAUGACCAUGGUCGCUCAGAAGCGCUUCUGGCUGAUCAGGCAGGCGAUCAACGGGUUGCUUCGCAGACGUCGUCUGACGGGCUGGGCCGUGGAGGUCCUUGUGGGCCAGUGCACUUACGCUGGACUACUGGCCCGCGGCACCCUCGGCGUCUUCCACGCGGUCUACGCCUUCAUGGGGAAGUUCUAUUCCACACCUGCGGCGCACUGGCUGGAGACCCGCAUGGCGCUGGAGGUGUUCCGAGGCCUGCUGAUCUUCCUGGAGAGCGACUGGACGCUGCAGUGGAACGAGCUGGUGGCAGGCCGCGUGCAGGAGAAGGCCCACCUCCGCGAGGUCGCUGCUGGGCCGCUGGCGGCCAAGGACGGUGGCCUCCCCGCAGCCCGCCGCGGGGCCCGCGAAGCGGCGCUGAUUGCGGCGGGCUUUCGGCGGGACGGCGGCGGCGAGCGGCGGCUGGCCGGCGCGGGCGACGACGCGGAGCUGGCCGCUGCUUGGGAGGCCGACCCAGGCUUCCCAGAGGUGCCCGCGGCGGGGCUUGCGAGCAGCCGCUGGCGCGCGAAGCAGGUGCCGCGCUGGAGGUUCGAGGAGGGCAUCCUUAUCAAGGAGGCCCGAGCGCUGGCGAUGGGCAUCCGUCGCAUCGCCCAGUCGGUGUUCGGGGCCGCCUGCCGCCAAUUGAUUCUGUCGGAUAGCAUGUUAACGGACGCGCCGGCUGGAGCGGCCGGCGCAGGCGCCGGCAGGGGCGAGGCCCCCGCAGCUGCCGCGGUCUGCUCCGACGAGCGCAGGGCUGACCCCGACGCCGCGCCGCCAGAAGACAUUGUCGGCGGCCCAGCGGACUGGCAGCGCCAGAUCGUGGCCGACAGCGACGGCGACAGCAGCACCUCCGACGAGCAGCAGGCCGCACAAGCCGACGAGAGGCGCGAGAAGGAGCUGCUGAGGCGCGCUGCAAAAAGGAAGAAGACCAACGGAGCGGAGGCGCUGCAGGACAGUGCAGCGGCGGACGGCCAGACCUUUCUGGAGCGACGGUCCGUGUUUGCACCCGCGCGGAGGCGGUGCGGUCUGGAGCUGGACGCCUUCCUGGAGUUCUGCGACACGGAGCCGCACCGCCCGUUGCGCUCGCCCGCGCAGGUGGACGAGGCCCUCGUGGACUACAUGAACGCGUUGGUUUUCAGCGGCCACGAGUCGUCGAAGGGCGACCAGGCGAUGGCGGGCCUGAUGUACGGGUUCACAGAGUACUCGAAGCAGGGCGAGUCCAAGACGCCGCGAGCUUGGCUGCCUCCAGGGCUGGCGCAAGCUGGCGCCGGGGCGGAGCCGCCGGGCCUGGCCGUCGGCGCUCUGGCGCGGGCUGGCUUGGCGCAUGGAGAGCGCCGCCGGUGGUCGCUGCUCCUCUUCCCGGACAACAAGCCGCUGCGCAGCAAGACGGGCCUGGCCGACGUUGGAGUGAUGCUGGACAGCGGCUGGUUUCAGUGUGCCGCGCCCAUCUUCCGCGAGCUCGCGCAAGGGGCUCCAGAAGAAAAGGCGUGGGACUUCAGUUGCCCUCAGUUCCUGAAGAUGUUUCGGAUGGCGCUGCAGGACCUGGGCGUCGAGCAGCACAUUGUUCCCUACCAGGCUCGACACUCAGGUCCGAGGGUAGACGUGGCCAGACACUGCGCGAUGCUCCAGGAGAUACAGAAACGGAGGCAAUGGAAGCAUGCCAAGUCGACGCAGAGGUGCGAGAAGGCCGCCCGGCUCGGGCAGUCUUGGAGCUUGCUGCCGGCCUCCCUGCGCGACACUCUGAGCGAGUGCGAAAGUCGACUCGAGGACACACUGCUCGGAAAAGGUGCAGAGGUGAUUGCUCAGUCAGGGAACUUAACUGGUUGCCGUGGCUACUGUUUGCACUACGUGUUCGUGUUCUUGCCGCGCGUCGUGGGGCGGCACGGCGGGCUCCUGCAGCGGGACGUGGAGCAGAACGGGUUUGUGCAGGCAG